UAUAGCCCAUAACUAGUCCACUACUGAACAUAGGUCUCCUCCAUAGAUUGUCACAAAGUAUGGUCCUGAGUCAUGAGCCACUUGCAUCCAGUGCGUCAUAUCAUCACUCCAUCUAUUGUAAAGUUUUGCAACAUUACCCGUGUCAGUAUUAGAUUGCCAAUAGAGAACCAAAUUAAUCUCUUCGUUACUUGUAACGACAUGACUGAUUGUGGUCAUAUUAACACUGGAGUAAGUGGGCGUUCGAACAUUGAAAAAAAUAUCUCAGGGAUGAAACCAAUCUGGAUACACUUGAAAAGUAAAACGUUACCUAAAUUCAUUUAAAUCAUUAGAGCAAAAUCACAAAUAGAAUUGCUUACUUAAAAUACAAAAUACUUUUUGUUGAGGUGAUGGCUCACAGCUUUGCUAGAAUCUGAUAUGUGGCGCUGAAGUUAAGUUAUAAACAAAUUCUCUAUUUGAGGACUAAAAUGACUCAUAUACACAAGAUAUGCUUCUUCCACUUGACCACAUCCAGCGCAGAGCAGCUCGAAUCGUCGACGACCGAGUCCUUUCCGAUCGGGUCGACUCAUUGGCACUGCGAAGAGAUGUUGCAUCUCUUAGCAUUUUCUUUCGCAUUUACCAUGGGGAGUGCUCUGAGGAAUUGUUCGGAUUAAUCCCAGCCGCCAAAUUUCACGAACGCACAUCGCGGCAGAACUCCCGAUACCAUCCACACCAUCUGGAUGAUUGGCGGUCCACCACUGUGCGAUUUAGAAGAUGUUUUCUUCCUCGCACAACUUCCUUGUGGAAUAGUUUACCACCAGCGAUUUUUCCGGACCGAUACGACUUAGGGACCUUCAAGAAAAGAGCGUACUCCUUUUUAAAAGGCCGGCAACGCAUCUGCAAUUCCCCUGGUGUUGCGGUUGUUCAUGGGCGGCGGUAGUCACUUACCAUCAGGAAACCGGUUCCAGAGGGUUCAGACCUUCCAACGUGGCCGCCUACCGAUGCAAACGGUGGACCUCACAUGUCUCUCGAUAAGACGAUGAAACUGCGCGGACCUCUGAUACAGCAACGCUUUCUUUUUUGGGAUGCUAUUUAUGAGAAAUAUUAUGCAAUGCCCACCGCACCUCCUCCUCCAACUCCAAGACCUAAAACUGAACUAUAAUUCUAAUAAUUCAUUACCAGAUAUCACUAGGUACCUUAAAUAUUUUGUUAAAUAUUUAUAUUUUAUAGUUAAAGAAUGAAUGUCAAGUCAGUGUUAUUUUAUAAUAUUUAGAUAAUAAUUAAAUAAUAUCCUUUUUAUUCAUACUUAAAUGUAUACGAUGCUUUUUUUGUAAUGUCAUUUUGGUGUCAUCAUAUGUAAAAAUGUUUUUAGAAAUAUCUCGUGAAUGUUAAAUGAUAAAAAUUCUACUAAUUUCCCGUUUACAAGAAACUUUAAGCAGUUCCGUGUGUGGAAUAUAUGUUAAUUGUGCGGGUCGAAAGUUCGAAUAAUGACGAAAUACUGUUGUAUCAAAUGAAGGACUAGGAUGGAAUAUCUUAUUACUAGUAAAAAUGGCCUCCGGCUGUCUAUACUCACCAUACUUAAUUAUUUUACUGUGUUCUAAGUAUCCUGUGAGACUUGAGGGUAACUUAUAUCUUUUUCUGGACGGAAGCGGAAGUAACGUUAAGUAAAAUCUAUAGUCCGUUUAUGCAUCUACCGUUAUAUAAAUUCAGUGACUGUCUACUAGUAUUUCGUUGGUGUAUACGUGUUAUACAUACAAAUAAUACACAAAUUCUUAAACUUAUAUUUAUUCUAUUUUUAAAUAGUUAAAUUUUAACAAUAUCAGUAUUGUAUUUUAGAAAGGUAUUUUGUAAAUUUCAAAAUUAAUAAAUAAAUAAUAACAAUAAUAAAUACAACAAAAAUAUUGUACUUUAUUAAUUUAAUUAAGUUUAACCUUGCUGAAGGCUGCAAUUUUUUUCGGAUUUUUCUAUGGUAUUUAUAUAUUAUAAUUAAAGUUAUAAUUGU